AUGGCCACUGCUCCUAAGGAGUUACCUUUCCUGGCGAACUCAACUGACCGAGAUAGAGAAGAGUGUACCUACUUGGGAGGAAUGGUUUGGCGCGAGACGUAUCUCACAGGUGACAUUUACAGAAGUUUGAUAGCUUUAAUAUGUAUUCUAUCAAUACUGCUUAUCCCAACCGUCUCUUUAAACGGGUUAGUCAUCUUGGCGGUGGCCACAAAGAGACAACUGCGAACCAACUCAAACAAACUCUUAGCUUGUUUGGCGGGGACAGAUUUGCUGGCCGGAUUGGUUGUUAUACCCAUUGCCAUAGCGGUCAACGUGAAGCGAGCCUUUGAGAUCGGUCCAUUUUGUGAGUUAGAAAAGGCUCACGUUGUAGUUUUCUGGGUACAAAGCAUUGCCACGCUGACUUUUCUAUUUUUGAUAAGCGGGGACCGAUAUAUUGCUGUAAAGUUCUCCUUAAGGUACCGAGAGAUUGUCACAGGACAGAGGAUCAAAAAGGCUGUGGUUGUUGCGUGGGUCAUCACAGUUUUUGGAACGAUUCAGGAAAUUGUGAUUGCCACCAGAGAAAGUACAACGAACAUAUAUGCGUUAUAUUGGACGGUGAAUAUCGUUGUGACUGCUUUAUUCGUGUUACUUUGUAUCAUUGGCAUAACGUUCAUGUAUCUGUCCAUCUUCCUUGAAUCACAGCGACGGAAAAAACGCCUACAGGCAGGACAGCUGUCACCUCAAGAAGCUAAAGAGUUGAAGAAAGAUGUAAAUAACAAGGCAACCGUUACACUAUCCUUAAUUCUAGGAACUUUAGUACUGACCUACUUGCCUUUGAUAACUGUCGCCUCAAUUCAGGCUUUCACAAAUUUUUUUGAGUCGGGUACGAAAAUGGCGUUGAUAAGCUGGACUGAUUGUGCUGCGGUCUUCAACUCACUUUUUAACCCCAUAAUUUACUGCUGGCGUAAUCAAAAUCUAAGAAAGGCUCUUCUUGAAGUCAUUCACCGAGAAAAACGAGAAAAUACCCCUUCAGUAUCAAAAAUUCAGCCCUCUAUUUCUAAGACCGCUAAAGAAUCAGCACCAAACCAGGAAGCAGUUUUGUUGUCAUGCAGCCAU